UAUUCAGUUUGUACCCAAUUUUCAGCCUACAUUUUCGUGCUCUUCUGACAGGCGCAUUUUAUUUUCAAAAUCAGUUAUUAGCUGACAUUCGCGGUAAAAAGUCGCAAUUCAGUUCACUACUCGAAGUUUAAGUUUUUCAUAACUAAGUACUUGUGCAUAUGUAUGCACAUCUCUACAUACAUAUUUACAUUCUUAAAAGCACUAGCAAGUGACUGAUUACUUACUUAGCUGUGAAAUAAAUACAAGUACAUACUACUUUAAAGCCGGGGCUAAUUCUUAAUUGUAGAAGAACGCUACUAUUUACUUUGAUAUAUGUGAAUGCAUACAAAUACAAAGAAGACAAGUACUAUCUUCAUUUUCCUUGCGUUUAAGAAAUCUCUAGCAUUCAUGUUGAUACGAGUACCCGUUUAAGACGUUACUGCAGAAGUGCGCUGAAAUAAAGUGUUUCUCUCUGUGUGUAUUUUGGAGACUUUUCGUUGUUGGAUUUGAAUGAUAAGAAAAAUGCAACUGAUUGCUUUGUGAAUUGUGAAUACCUAAUUCUUCUUAAGAAGAUAAGCGAUGCAAAUAAAAUUUGAUGAAAGCUAAAAAUAUUGAAACAACGCUUGCAGUAGUGACUCAGAAAAGGCUCAGCCUAGCUGUUAAGUGCAUUUAGAGAAAAAACGAUUAUCCUAAACUAUUUAUUUACUUUUGCUUCUCGCAAAAAUUUGGUGCCUGAAUACAUACCUAUACAAAAGUGCGUAUCAAGUUCCUGUCGGCCAUAUUGACAAUCCAGUAUGUAUGAAAUACCAACAAACUUGUGCUUGGAGUGGAAGAAUCUCAAUUAUCAUGUGCCAGCGUCUGAGCAAAGUAAUUAUGCAUUUUGGCAGGAGUGUCGAAAGGUUAAGGAGCAGCGCAUACUAAAGGAUGGUGCGUAUGGCAAGAAGAUACGUUGGGUCUACCAAGUGUACCUACUACUAAUUCGCUUCAUGACAGAUGACAGUCGUAAUAUAAAAAGUGGCCUCAUUUCGCUGGGACUUUUUAUGGUUACCUCAAUGACGCUUGCCAUUAUGUACUCGGGUGUAAGCGGCCUCACACAGACUUCGGUGCAAGAUAUUGCCGGCUCCAUAUUUAUGGUAUCCAAUGAAAUGAUAUUCACCUUCUCUUAUGGCGUCACCUAUGUGUUUCCCAGCGCACUGCCAAUUAUGCGACGUGAAGUGGGCGAAGGCACUUACAGUCUCUCAGCCUAUUAUGUGGCUGUCGUAUUAUCAUUUGUACCGAUGGCUUUCUUUAAAAGUUACUUAUUCUUCUCGGUUAUCUAUGGUGCUGUCUACUAUACAAGAGGCUUUAUGCUUUACCUGUCAAUGGGUUUAGUUUUGGGUCUUUCUGCUAUUGCGGCUACCGGUUACGGUCUCUUUCUAUCCAGUUUCUUUGAGACAGUUAAUAUGGCUUCCGAAUGCGCAGGACCAUUCGAUUUACUAUUUCUAAUAUUUGGUGGCGCUUACUAUAAUGUGGACUCGAUACCGUUAAUUAAGUAUUUAUCAUUGUUCUUCUACUCCAAUGAGGCUUUGAUGUAUAAUUUUUGGAUUGGUGUGGAUGAGAUCGAUUGCCCUAAAAAGUUGGAUCAUCCGUGUUUGCAAAAUGGUUUGGAGGUUCUAAAGCGAGGUUCUUUCAAAACGGCCGAUUACACUUACUGGGUGGAUUGCUUGGGUCUGCUGUGCGUCGCUGUUAUUUUUAAUAUAGUCGCUUAUUUCUUUAUAAAAAAGUAUGUGAAAAGAAGUGGUUACUAUUAAGACACCAAGUUUUAUCACAUAAAUUUGUUUCCAUCAGAAUUUGUAUGAAUACAGCCACUACAAUUUAACCUUAAGACACUAUUGGCUUAUAUUUGCAUUACAAAUUAAUGUGGGGUAUUUAGAUAGUGUCCUUUAAUCGCGUAUUUUUCUCGCCAAAGCUUUGAUUAUUAAAUAAAUAUAAUUGAAGCAGG